GAGAGAGAGUGAGGGGGGGGGGAGUGUGUUUGUGUGUCACUCGGUAUUCCUGCUCGUCUCGCUCCACCAGUUAAGUUGAAUCAGAGGCAGCCACUGGCACACUGCGGUGGUCUCUCUAUCUCUCUGUCUGUCCUGCUCUGAAAGCAUCAGCAGCCUCCUGAUUCAGCACCACAGGACUCGCUGAGGCCCUCGCCCAAGGCCUGUAUCAGUCACCACAGACGCAUCCUGCCGACAGGGCCCCCCUGUUUAAAAGUCCCAGGAUCUGGCACUAAAAAGGGAAAAUGCAGAAUACAACGGCAGCCGCGACAGAAGGGAUAGCUCUGAAAUGCGGCAUCACUGGAAGCUAUGAAUUCAUCUUCACCCUGGUACCCAUCGUCUACGGCUGUAACUUUGUCAUCGGCAUUGUUGGAAACAGUAUGGUAGUGGCUGUCAUCUACUGCUACAUGAAGCUGAAGACGGUGGCCAACAUAUUUGUGCUCAAUCUGGCCAUUUCUGACCUCACCUUCCUCAUCACUCUGCCCAUGUGGGCCACCUUCACCGCCACAGGCUAUACCUGGCCCUUUGGAGGGUUCCUGUGCAAGGCCAGUGGAGGGCUGGUGAUGUUUAACCUCUACACCAGCAUCUUUUUCCUCACAGCACUCAGCAUUGACCGAUAUCUUGCCAUCGUGCACCCAAUGCGAUCACGCAGAUUACGCACUGUUAUGUACGCACGCAUCACCUGUGUAUUGAUCUGGCUGUUUGCCUUCAUGCUCAGUGUGCCGUCAGCCCUGACCAGGGAUGUCCACAAGUUCACAAACUACACUAAAGUGUGCGGCAUUCUUCACCCGACCCUUGAAAAUGCCGUGAGUUUGAAAAAGGUCCUGCUGGCCAUCAGCCUGAUGAAAAGCCUGCUGGGCUUCCUGAUACCCUUCAUCAUCAUCAUCACCUGCUACUGCCUCAUCGGACGGGCGCUGGUGGGGGCGAGACACAUCCAGAAAAGCUCCCGUUCACGCGAUGACGAGGUACUGCGCAUGCUUGCGGCAGCUGUCCUGGCCUUCUUCCUGUGCUGGGUGCCCCAUCAGGUGUUCCAUCUAAUGCAGAUGCUCAGCCAGCUGAAGCUGGUGGAGAGCUGCGCCAUCCUGGACAUCAUCGACACCGCCAUGCCCUUCACCAUCUGUAUUGCCUACUUCAACAGUUGCGUUAACCCUAUUGUGUACGGCUUUGUCGGGCACAACUUUCGCAAAAACUUACUGCGUCUGUUGCGCUGCUCGCCAAAUGCAGCCACGGGGCCUCACCUGAGCAUCAGCUCCAAAAUGAGUGCCCUCUCUUUUCGUGCCUCUGAGGCACUGAGCCUCACAGCCAAAGGCAAGGCAUCCUCUGACGUUAAGUGAAAUAAAUAAAACAAAAGAGGGUACAAGUUCUCUCUCCUCGCUCUUUUGGUGUGUGGUUAAGGGGCCGGGGAUGGAGACAUCCCAUGCUUUUAAAACCCCAACUGUAUUACAAAGCACUGAACCAUGCACAAUGGUGGAAAUAUUGUAUUCAUGUCCCUCCGUAAGUCCAAGAGACAUUUAUUACUUUGUAAAAUGCUUAUUCAUAAACCCUCAUAUGUCACACAACACUCAACGGCAAAUGUUUGUCUCCAGACGACAUUGGUGAAUAAAACAAAAAGAAAAGAUCCAGGCAUUUAACUAAGUAACGUAAUUACAGAUCACAUUAUUUAUAUAAGAUAUAGCUUGCAUUGCAGGAUUGUGUCGCCGUUGUGCAGUAAUAUAUUGUCCAGGUGUAACCGUUCUGUGUGCUCAGCAGGUAUUUCACCAGUAGGAACUGUGCUCACGUGCUCAGCAAAGAUGCCAAAGCUAAAAACAAAAAGAAAGAAAUUAUAAGCCACCCUUGCAUGUUCUGCCAGCAGCUGUAUGUGGAACAAUUGUAAAAAUGUGAUGUUUAUAUCAGUCGAUGACAUGUUUGACUUCAGAUAACUAUGCUGUAUGUGGUAAAGUGUUUGCAUAAUAAGAUUGAAAUGCUGAAAAGUUGCCGAACAUGCUGUAUAAAUAAGAGUGCUACACAAACAUUCCAGGGUGAUCAUUGCCCAUUUCUCUUGUGCUUGUCUUUGUGCUAUUUAAACAUGUUGAUAGCUUUUUGUUUUCCUACUCUGUAAGUGUACAGUUUGUGAAUAUAUGAAAAAUAUAAAUAAAAUGAAAC